GAGUCUACCGUGAUACCGACGGAAUCAGCGUAGUACCCCACUACACACGACACGGUCGCUAGAUCCACAGGAGACGCUCCAAGCUCUUCUUACUAACGCGGGUCCAAGACCAGCGGCAAACGCCUCAUUUUUUGAGCUCCUGCGAAGAAGAUGAAAAUUUGGACUUCCCUAAUGGAUUUUUGCUAGGAUCAGCAACUGCCGCAUAUCAAGUAGAGGGAGCAUGGAACAUUAGUGGUAUAAUAAUUAUUGUAAUGAGCGUUAGAAACAAAUGUAUUAUAGCUCAAGUCAUUAAAUAUCCUAAAAAUUCAUUCAUUGAUCAAAAAUUUAAGCGACUAUCAAUUUUGCUUCGUAUACUUAUAAUGGAGAGUAUACGUUUCUACCAAAACUAUAGCUUCCUAAGAUACAAUCGGUAAAUAACAACGUUAACAUUGAUUAUAACUAUUUUUCAAUAAAUAAUGCAACAAGAUAAAGGAGAAAAUGUAUGGGAUCGAUUUACUCAUGCAAAUCCGACGAAAAUUUAUGAUAAAUCAAAUGGUGAUGUUGCUUGCGAUUCGUACCACAAAUAUAAAGAUGAUAUUCAAUUACUGAAAAAAAUGGGGUUGGAUUUUUAUCGAUUUUCGUUAAGCUGGUCACGAAUUCUUCCCACUGGAUAUGCAAAUGUUGUGAGCAAAGACGGCAUUCAAUAUUACAAUGUCUUACUUGACGAAUUAGAAAAAAACAACAUUCAACCGUUCGUCACCUUAUACCAUUGGGAUCACCCACAAGUAUUUCAGGACUUGGGAGGCUGGACUAACGAAGCCAUGGUUGAUUUUUUUGGUGAUUAUGCAAGAAUCGUUUUCAAAAAACUUGGUCAUAGAAUCAAACUAUUUGCAACUAUCAAUGAGCCUUAUGAAGUAUGCAGACAGGGAUAUUAUUUCGGUGCUUUUGCUCCAGGACUUCAGUUAGGACGGCAUGCUGAGUAUCUUUGCACUCACAAUAUUAUAAAAGCACACGCCCGUGCUUAUCAUAUUUACAAUGAUGAAUUUCGAACUGAACAAAAUGGAAAAAUUGGAAUAGUUUUGAAUACCUACUUUUACUAUUCUAAAUAUAAAAAUGACACAGUGUCCAAUGAAAUAGCUUUUCAAUUUUCUUUUGGUAGAUACGCAAAUCCGAUUUUUUCGAAAGUCGGAGAUUACCCUGCUAAUGUAAAACAAAGAAUAGCAGAAAAUAGUCAUUUCGAAGGAUUACCGCGUUCGAGAUUACCAAAAUUCUCUAAGAAAUGGAUCGACUACAUCAAAAACACUUUCGAUUUCAUUGGGCUCAACCAUUACACUAGUUAUCUCGUAGAACCAACACUACCAUCAAACAAAACAGUUUAUGAAAAUGACGAUGGUAUAAUUUAUAGUCAAGACGAAAGUUGGCCAAAAACAUCAAGCAAAUGGCUCAGAGCGGUUCCUCAAGGAAUGCUAGACACUCUUCGGAAGAUAAAAGAAGAUUAUGGAAACCCACCUUUGUACAUUACAGAAAAUGGAGUUUCAGACACCGGCACCUUAGAUGAUACACAGAGAAUAGAAUAUUUAUAUUCCUAUAUGAAAGCUACAUUAACUGCUAUUAAAUCAUACGGCUGUAAUGUUGAAGGCUAUAUUAUUUGGAGUUUGUUGGAUAACUUUGAGUGGGAUAGAGGAUACAGCGAAAAAUUCGGUUUAAUUCAUAUAGACUUUAACCAUCCAAAUAGGACAAGAACACCAAAAAAAUCAGUUACAUGGUUGUCGAAUGUUGCGCGUACUCGAAAAUUACAACCUGUAUCCAUUAAUAAUGUUUAGAUGCCUUCACAAAAAAAAGACGCCCUUAGCAUCAUUAUAUCUGUAUAAUAGUGAAUCAAGAAAUUUAAUGAAAACGACAAAAAGUUUAAUUGCCAUUAUUAUAUCAUAUUUUUGUAAAUUUUUCGUCUUGUAAAAUAGUAAACAAGUUAACAACAUUUCUGAGUAAUAACUCAAUCCACUUUAAUACAAAACUAAAUAAAUAUAAGUUUUGACAU